AUGGAACGCUUAAUAACUUUAUCACUCUCCAUCCAUUACAUAACAAUUUUUGGUGAAGAGGUCUACAUCAAUUUCGACAAUGGGCUCUCCAAGAAAAUGGUAUGGAAUGAAAACCACGUGUGGACCGUCACAUUAUCAAUCCAUCCCAGAACAACUCGUUGGUGGUAUUCUAUAUCAAAUCAUUCACAAACGACUCGCGUCGAGGACCUCGAGCUCCCACGAGAGUAUGACUUCGACACUAAAGAUAAAUAUUUCCAAAUCGUUGAUCAUUGGGAUGAUUACUAUACCGUCGUGACACCAAUCAAUUCGUCAAAUUUGAUCAUUUCAAAAGCAAUGAACUCGUCACUUAUUAAGCGCUAUUUAAUCCCAAGAUACACCCCUAAUUUGGUCAGAAAUAAAUCACCACACAACAACUUCGAGCCAAAACCUUCGACUAAGUACAACGGUUGCACUUGGGGAUUCUUCGACGACUCUGCUCUCCUGGAGAAGAAGACAAAAACACUCACUGUUUAUUCUGUGCUUCGAGGCGAUUGA